UUAGCAACUGGGAUUGAAAUUGGUUGGUUUGGGAUCUAAUCAUGGUGGGGUGUUGAGCCUGGAGGGAAUGCAGCGAGCAAGGUGACCAAGUGCUCUCCAGAAGCAGCUUCUUUGGAGACGAACUCUCGCCGGCAGACAAGCUGGGGUUCACCAAGGCAGCCAUCCAGGCAAAACCAGACUCUGUUCUCAGUCCCAAAAUAAGUGUCGUUGACAGGUGUUCUCCUCGCCUUUUGUGUGCAUAGUUAGUUUGCUCAGAGAUCAGUCUCAAGUCUGAAUUUUAGGAAGUUAAUUUCCCUGUAAGAUGGAGUGGGUUCCCAUUGAUCCUUAGGUCUUUGCAAAAUUCUCAUUUUGCAUGAUGAAGCGCCUGUGCUGCCGAAGAGGUCGGCGCCACCUCGGCUUGGGCGAAAGUUGACUGAUUCACUCACAGAAGGUAAGAUCAAGAUAGUACUGUUUGCUACUGAGUUUUCUUGCGGGCCUCAUUAUAUUCGUCGAUAACAUGCCAUGUUCAAUCUUCCAGGCUAGAUUGUGGAUACAUAUGGGUACUUGCUACCCAAGCCUUUUGAAGAACAGAUUAAAGUAGGCCCCCUGCCUCCACUAUACUCCAGGACAGUAGACAUCAUCACACACAAGCAGGUAGUUAUAAUUAGUUGCAACCAGAAGAAGCUGAUGAAACUUGCAUUAUAUUUAUAUUGUCAUCUUCUACGGCUAGCCCACUACUACUUAUUAGCUGCAAGAUCAGAAGCGACAUAGAGAGUAAGCUGAACGAAGAGGCUGCCAUGAGCUACUGGGGUUCCUCGCCGGCGUGGGGGGCGGCCCGCCACGGGCCGUCUCCGAUGGUGCCCCUCAUGGUGGUGCUGGCCCUGGGGUGGGUCAUCUACAACGAGGCCCUGUUGGAGUGUUACGAGCGGGUGACCGAGGUGCGGGACACGGUGGCCGACAAUGCCAUGGUCUUCAUCCUCGCCGCCGGGCUCCUGCUGCUCGCCGUCGUCCUCCUCAGCAACCAGAUGGAGGUGGUCCUGGUGCCGAUGGUGCUGGUGCUGGUCAUGCUCUUGAUCCAGAACAUCGUUGUUGCUGCGCUCCUGCUGCUGCUGGCGGUGUACCUGGCCGGGAUAUACUACUACCCGCCUCACCGGGGCUACGGCGGCGGCGGCGGCGGCUUCGCCGGGGCCGGGGGUGACUGGACGGGCUGGGGCUGCGGGCUGGGGUUCUACAUGCUGCUGCUGCUCUGCCUGGUGCUGUGCGCCAUGUUUUCGGAGGAGGGCGGCAGCUGGUGGAUCCCAGGCGUGCUGCUGGCUGCAUGCCUGCUCUGCCUCAACCUCUUCUCAGGUGGCAAAGUCUUAGGCCAGGAGUACUUUUAACCCUUGUGUUCUUCGGGGCAGAGCUUAGUUAUUGUUGUCUCAUGGCAUUACCGCUCAUGGCUCCCUCCUUAGAUUUGUCUGCUAUCAUCAUAAGAAUUUUAGCAGACGCGUGGUGACCGGUGACGCCCUGCUGCAAGGAUUUGAAAGUAAAAUGGACCUUUAACAGCGUCCCAUGCAUCCCAUUUGGCCA